CAUUUCAUUAAUAAAAUGCAUGGGAAAUGCAUUGGUUUAAAUUAUAAGAAGGUAAUGGCAGGCGGUGUUGAAGCGCAGAGCGACCCUUACUCCCGUCGCCGUGCAGGCACACAUCGGGCACUGCAAUGUCACGCGCCAAAGGCCAAAGGCUCACUGGAAUGCGCUGCAAAACCACACAAGUAAUUACACCUUCACUUGGUGUAAUUACUAGCUGGACUCUGAUUUACUGCACAGUUUACAGAAAUUAAGAUGUGUUUUUUGUAUUUCUCUACACUUGACUGUGUCUUUGGAUUAAAUGUAUAUUGCCGAUUCUAUUUAGAGUAAUGACUAAAGUGAACUUUGCUAACCUGAAUAAAUACAGAAUUUUGUUUCGGUAAGUUUCGAAUUCAUUUCAGUAGUCUGCCUGAUACGGUAUGUGAAGUAUUAUGAAUCCUUGUAACGGCGUCGGUUUGUUAGUGUUUCAAAAGCCAAUACUUUCGCCAAAGGAAGCCGCUUGAAACAACGCAGCACGCGACACUGAAUAGAAAUGCACCAGAGUGUUUCGGUUCCUUGUUAGCAUAGAAAUCAUUUCCUUGAUGAACUAUUAUUCCUCAUUCCUUGCCAUAUUCACUUAGUCAAGUUGUAAUGCUUUAAAUGGCUGAAUAAGUCAGUGUAAAUGAUUAGCAGAACUCUGCACGCAACCGCACAUCGUAAAUACAAGGCCGUAAGCAUUCCAUGAGAACAGAGUCCAUGUGGAAACGGAGAGGCGCGGUGAUAGUGUUCUUCCUGAGACCGCUUUUUAUCUCUGUGAGACGAGCGUGCCUAAAUAAAGUGGGACGCUGUGUUUCCCCGUAGUGCGGGGCAGACUGGGACACAGCAGGGACAUGGAAGAGCCGCUGUCCCCGCGUGAGUCAGGCCGGUGGGUGGCCGAGCGCAGCCGCGAUGUGUUUAUCGAGGAGGAGGGCGUGCGCCGGGCGGCGGAGAUGCUGUACGGACUGAGGGCCAGCGAGGUGUUCACGCCGCAGGGCUGGAAGAAGAUGAACCCUCUGGCUCCCACCUUCGACUCUGACCUCCACAUCAACUGGGUCUUUGUGGUCGACACCAUGAACUUCUCAUUCUGGCCCGACCGUGAGGACCAGCAGUGCACGGUCACGCACCGCGGCUCCACCUACAGCGGCUACAUGGCACUCUGUGCCGCUGUUACCAGGGCGAUGGAUGAGGGCGUGCCCAUCACAGACGCGGCGUACAUGGCCAGCGUGAGCCUGGAGGCCCUGGGGCGGGUCCUGCGCUCGGACACGGCCACGCCCAUGCCCAUGCUGGAGGAGCGGCGUCGCGCGCUGAACGAGGGCGGGGCCCUGCUGCUGCGCUACGGCGGCUCCCUGCGCCGCUUCCUCGCCGCCGGCGACGCCCGCGACGCCCCCAGCCUCAUCCGCCGCAUCGUGGACAACCUGCCCUCCUACCGCGACGAGGCCCAGCACGAGGGAAAGAAGAUAGCCUUUUAUAAGAGAGCCCAGAUUCUGCUGGCUGAUUUCUGGGGAAUCAUGGAAGCCAGAGGGGAAGGCAGCAUUCCUGACCUGGACUACCUGACCAUGUUUGCCGAUUACAGGGUACCCCAGGCCCUGGUGUACCUGGGAGUACUGCGAUACUCCGACUCUCUCAUGAGUACACUGAAAGAAGGAGCCCUGCUUCCCUCAGGAGACCGCAGGGAGGUGGAGAUUCGGGGCUGCUCCAUCUGGUGUGUGGAGAGGAUAAAGACGGAGCUGUGGAAGCUGGUGGAGCAGAGAGACGGACAGCGCAGCCACAUUAACUCCGCCCUCAUCGACUUCUACCUGUGGCCCUAUGCCAAGGAGCACAGCAAGGAGAUGGCUCAUAUACCCAUACACCACACACGCUGUAUAUACUACUGACGCAUAUACUACUGACACACACAUAUACCUAUACACCACACGCUGCAUCUUGCACUCACACUCACACACACACACCUAUACACCACACAUGCUGCAUAUACUACUGACACACACCUAUACACCCCACACGUUGCAUAUACUACACACACCUAUACUUAUACACAACACACUGCAUCUAUUACACACACACACACACACAC